CGGAACCGGAAGCGGAAGCAGGCCGUAGCCGGGCGAGAGGCGCGGGGUCGGCAUGGCGCUGCGGCUGCUCUCGCUUCUGCUGCUGCUGCUUGGAAUCGCUGCUGAGACCACAAACCAGAAUAGUGCCGGGACCGGGGCUGGGACCGGGGCUGCAGGUGGGCAGCAGGGAUCAGAGAACUCGGAGUCCACCAACCCUUCAACAAACGUUGGAGAGCACGACAAUGCAAGUUAUGGAGAUAACGGAGGGACAACAGAUGGGAAGGGAGGUGCAGGUGAUACAGAUCAAAGCCAAAACCUGAGAAAGGAUGAGAAGAACCAGCCCGAAGAGACAGGGGAAAAAGAUGGGAAAGAGAAACAAAGCACUGUUGGCCAAGGCACCAGCCAGAGCAACAGCAACGAUGGCAAGCAGUCUGGCAGUAACUCUGGUAGCCAAUCCAACACCCAGAAUAACAGUGACAGCCAAACUGACGCCCACAACAACAACAACCAUCAGGACAGCAAGACUGACAGCGAAGGCAGUCAGACCAAGCAAAAUGGCAACACUGGUGGCCAAAAUGAUGAGGAAAAUGGCAACGCUGAUGGCCAAAAUGGACCGAAAGAUGGCAACACUGAUGGCCAAAAUGGCCAGAAAGGCCAUAGUGAAAGCACCAACAGCCAGACCAAUGAACACCAUGAAAGCACCGACAGCCAGACCAAUGAGCACCAUGAAAACACCGACAGCCAGACCAAUGAAUACCGCAACACCAACAGCCAGACCAAUGAACACCAUGAAAACACCAACAGCCAGACCAACAGCCAGACCAGUGAACACCAUGAAAACACCAACAGCCAGACCAAUGAGCACCAUGAAAACACCGACAGCCAGACCAACAGCCAGACCAAUGAGCACCAUGAAAACACCGACAGCCAGACCAAUGAACACCGCAACACCAACAGCCAGACCAAUGAACACCAUGAAAACACCAACAGCCAGACCAAUGAACACCAUGAAAACACUAACAGCCAGACCAACAGCCAGACCAAUGAACACCAUGAAAACACCAACAGCCAGACAAAUGAACACCAUGAAAACACCAAGAGCCAGACCAACCAACAGCACGACAGCACCAACAAGCAGGAUGACCAGCAAGGCAGCAACAACCAGCAACAUGACAAUGCCAACACACAGGACAGCAGUCAGGGCGCCCAGGCAGGCUCAUUGGGGAAUAACGGCCAGUCCUCACAGUCAGUUUCAUCUGUUCAUGACACUGAAGGCUCUCCAGAUGGUGACGAACUCCCUGAGGAAGAGGAUGGGGUUAGAAAUGGUAACGGUGCUGCCUUGUUAAAUAAGGAGAGAGAGAAGAGUGUUCCCAUUUCUCCGGGGGAGAAGUCAGAGAACAGCCACUUCUUUGCCUAUCUGGUGACCACGGCUAUUAUUGUUGCUGCUCUGUAUGUUGCCUAUCACAACAAACGGAAGAUCAUUGCUUUUGCCCUGGAAGGGAAGCGAUCGAAGGGCGGCCGGCGGCCCAAAUCUGGCGAUUAUCAGCGGCUGGAUCAGAAGAUCUAAAUUCCUCCUCAGGUGGUCAGUGAAAGAAAGGUGCUUGGUGACAACAAGACCGGAAUGGUGGGACACCACUGGCUGGCUGCCCUGCUGGUAGCACUGAAUCGUAGCUUUGCUGUCAUCUUCAGAUCUCAGAGAGCAGGAGGAAGGGGAAAUGCUUUUACUUUUGCACCUGCACCUUGGUAACGUUCGACUUCUCACUUCCUUAAAAUGUGUUUCUCCUUUCCCAAUGGCCUGAAUCGGUUUCCGCUUGUGUGUCUGGCUUCUAGACUGUGGCCCAAGAGAAGCCAGCUCUGGCACUUGACAGAACUUUUGUGUCCAAAUGAAAAGGGAUUUUCCAUCUACUGUACUGAUGUCUCCUCUUGGAAAAAAGAUCUGCCUGCAAAUUGAGCCAUCUGAUUCUCUCCCUUCAGAGUCAUAGAGCUGCCCUGGUAACCAGCACUGUCCUGCUGGAGGCACAGACGUUCUCUUUCUCUGUCCAUUAUAUUUGGAUGCUAAAGUUUGGCGCGUGAUUGCACUAGCUUGGAAAUGAUCUGCCAAGGACUCUGUUGUGAUUUGUUUCUUUUCUUCCUCUCUGCGAUGAAGGCAGUGUUAGCUUCACAUCUCACUUCUCACCUUAAUGCACACCUUUUGGGAGCUCUGGAUCUGCCUUCGGCCCUCUGCUUGUAUCUUAGACUUCCUUACUUGCCCUGUGGCAGUUGUACUCCAUGUGGCUGUGUUCCCUCGUGGUCCUCACAGCUGAGAUGCUUGCACUAAUGAAGACAAUUAGUUUGAUGCUGUGAAAGCGAGCCACUCAGGCUUAUGAAGUUCUGUGCCAUACAGCUGCAGUGAUGGAGCACAUUUCACCUCAAAAGAUGACUCUGUUCCCUGUUGUUAAAAUGUCAUCGUGAUGAUGCAGAGUGGUUGAUAGUCCUGAAUUUUGGGAUGAAUGAAACUUGCAGUCAUUCAAACCUCUUCCUCUUCUUCAGUACGGAGGCUCCUCAGCAGGAAAGGCGCAGUUCCUGCACUGAGGUGUUUCCCAGGCAGCUGCCCUGUGAGCAGGGUUUGUCCUACAGCUCCCAAACCUCUCUUUGCUCUUCUGCUGCUCUGUGCUCCCCUUACUUUGGGAGAUUUAAUGUGGUUGAAUUACACCUCACCAGCAGCUUAUUGCUGUUUUCUCAGUGUCACUGUGGGGCACUUAAAUGAAGGCCUGGGAUGUACUAGCACUGGUUGUAUUGAAGGCUGCAAAACAUGCUGCUUCCUGAGCUGUAGCUGUUCUGCUGGUCUUAUUUUUGUAGUUCUGCUCCAAAGAUAUUUACUCGAGACAGGGCAGUUCCGAAGGAUGUGUGUAAAGUGCCUGCCUAGCUUCUUAGUUUGUUUGUUUUUCUUAUAUGGGCAGAAAAUGAUGGCUGUGGCACAUGGAGGGCUCUUCACAUGGGUAUACAUCCCCCCCAGAGCUGCACAGAGGAGUCCUGUCCCCCCUGUGAGCCCAGGGUGGCUGCCUGUCCCCAGCCUUGCAUGAAGGGCGACCCUCCCCACAGCUGCGGGGUGAUGAGGGCAGGGAAAUUCCCCUGUCUGGCCAUGAAGGCUACAACUGUGUUCUGCUUUUUCAUCUCAAAGGGAGAGAGGGAGGAAGCCCUUCUUGCCUUGAACCGCUGGGAACGACUCCUAGUGUUUCUUUUCCCUUUUUAAUGCUGUUAGGAUUUAUGCAAUGUGUUUCAAACCGGUCAAGGAGUGUGAAGCCUUUUCCUUUUGGCCGUGGCACAUUUCUGAAUGGAUGGUAUCUGUGGGUACGUGAUUUUUCUCCAGGUGGGGCUGCUCCUGGGCCUGCUGCCUUGCUGGUGCAAAGCAGUGCACAGUUUAUUUCCUGCUGCAGUGCAAUGCAACUUGCUUUGAAGGACCCGAAUUUUUAUAUUUCUUUGUACUUUUUUUUUUCCCCAGUGUGGUAAAGUCAAUAAAUGAUUUAAAAAAA